GCGUAUUCACCCGUCUUUGAGUUUUCAAAGAGAGUUUUUUUUGGUUAAAAUCUGAUUUCUUUUGCUCGCUAUGACUGUCAAACUUACCGAAGGAGCCAUUGAGGCUCUGACCAAGGGCAGCGACGUGCCCAACAUGGUCCUGCAGGUGGUGAACAUCCGGCGCAUCGAGAGCAGCGCCGGGCCGGUCCGGUUCCGGAUGAUGAUGAGCGACGGGGUGCACACCAUGUCCUCCUUCAUGCUGGCCACGCAGCUGAACCACCUGGUGGAGCAGAACACCGUGUCUUCGAACUGCAUCUGCCAGAUCAAGAGGAACGUCCACAACACCCUGAAGGAUGGCAGGCGUGUGGUGAUCAUCGUCGACGUGGAGGUUCUGAAGUCGGCGUCCGACGUGGGCGGGAAGAUUGGGGACCCGGUCCCUUACGGAGAAGGUCAGGCGAAGCCCCAGCAGGUCCCCGUCUCCCACCCUCCUGCCCGGCCUGUCCCGCAGAACGGCACCGGUCCCGCAGCAACUAUGAACAGGGUCCCCAGCAGAGAUUUUGGGAAGAAGGCGAUGCCGGUUGCCCCCAAUACUCCUGGUGGCACCUCCAAAGUGGUUCCCAUUGCCAGCCUCAACCCCUACCAGUCCAAGUGGACAAUCCGGGCACGCAUCACCAACAAGAGCGCCAUUCGAACCUGGAGCAACUCCCGCGGCGACGGCAAGCUCUUCUCCAUGGAGAUCGUGGACGAGAGUGGAGAAAUCCGAGUCACCGGGUUCAACGAGCAGGUGGACAAGUUCUACUCCCUGAUCGAGGUCGGCAAGGUGUACUACAUUUCGAAAGGCAGUCUGAAGAUCGCCAACAAGCAGUACACCUCCCUGAAGAACGAUUAUGAGAUGACCCUGAACAACGAGACGGCCAUCAUUCCCUGUGAGGACGCAGAGGAUGUGCCCCUGAUGCAGUUCGAGUUCAUCCCCAUAGCGGAGCUGGAGAACAAGGAGAAGGACGUUGUGGUCGAUGUGAUUGGGAUCUGCAAGAGCUUUGACGAAGUGUCCAAGAUUACCACAAAGGCGAACCGCGAAGUGUCAAAGAGGACCAUCAAUCUGAUGGACAUGUCCGGGAAGAUGGUCACAGCCACGAUCUGGGGCGAGGAGGCGGAGAAGUUUGAUGGCUCAGGGCAGCCCGUUGUGGCCAUCAAGGGGGCCCGACUGUCGGAUUUUGGGGGUCGCUCCCUGUCCGUUCUCUUCAGCAGCACGAUGAUGUUGAACCCAGACAUCCCUGAAGCCUACAAACUGCGCGGCUGGUUUGAUGAGGAGGGCCAUGCGAUGGACGGCCAGUCGGUGUCCGAGAUGAAGGGCGGCUCCUCGGCGGGCAGCAGCUCGAGCUGGAAGACCCUGCAGGAGGUGAAGGAGGAGAACCUGGGUCACGGGGAGAAGGCCGAUUACUACAGCUGCGUGGCCACUGUUGCGUUCCUGAGCAAGGAGAAAUGCUUGUACCAGGCCUGCCCCACCCAGGACUGCAACAAGAAGGUGAUAGACCAGCAGAACGGGCUGUUCCGCUGCGAGAAGUGCGACCGCGAGUUUCCCAACUUCAAGUACCGCCUCAUCCUGUCUGCCAACAUUGCGGACUUCGGGGAUAACCAGUGGGUGACUUGUUUCCAGGAAACUGCAGAAGCCAUUCUGGGACAGAACGCGGCCUACCUGGGAGAGCUCCGAGAUUCCAAUGAACAGGCAUACGAAGAGGUGUUCCAAAAUGCCAACUUCAGAACUUACACCUUCCGGAAUCGCAUCAAACUGGAAACGUACAACGACGAGUCUCGUAUCAAAGCGACCGUGAUGGAUGUUAAACCAGUGGAUCACAAAGAAUACUGCAAACGACUGAUCGUGAACAUCCGAAAACACGCGUCCCACUAACCAGGGCCCUCGCCGCACACGGACUCGGGGGCGGGCUCUCUCCUCCUCCUCCUCCUCCUCCUCCUCCUUCUGUUCAUCUGCUUCGGGGGCUUCCAGCAUUUCUAAAAUACGUUUCCUUCCCUCUUACCCUCCUGUCCUGGUUUUCGGUAUGGGAAGAUGCAGCUCCUCUCUAGUGCGGCUGGGCCGGCCUGUGUGCAGGACUCCGGGACCGCUGCCGGAGGCGGUUCGAGUGUGGGCUGGGGGGUGGCUGUAUAAGGUAGGGCCGCUGCAGAGUGGCUCGUCGGUUAGCGUGUGUUGACGAAGCGCAUUUGGGAUUGGUGUGGGUUAAGAGGGGAAAAGAGCUGAGGGCUCAGAACGUCUCGGCGCUCUUUCCUUAAAGCCCCGCUGUGCUCUGUGAAUGGAGGGACUGAGGCUGCAAAUUCCUGAUAAGCUGCUUUCUCCUCGCACCUGAACGGGCUUUCGGCUGUGCCUUUUCUCCCCCCCCCCAUCCCCGGCCCCGUCUCUCUUAGGAAGAGAGAGGGGGCAAAGAAAGCUGAGAGUGAAUAGAAUCCAGCGCUCCUGCCUUAGGAGUUUGCUCAGGUAUCUGAACCACCGAGGAAAGGAGGGGCUCAGCGCCAGCCCCUUGUGAAUUAAGGGGUCCGUCAUCAUGUCAUCCUGCCGUGUCGCUAGGGAGCUGCACUUAGACAAUUUGUAGUUGGCCUGAGUUUUGCUUUGCGAGGCCUCUUGCUUUGUUUAUUUUUUAUUUUUUCCUCCUCCUUCCCCCCCCCCCAUCUUUUGUCUUUUUUGUUUAGAUUUUUUUUUUGUAUGUUUGCUAAGAAGGUCAUGCCGCAGCUCUGCAAUCCAGAUUUGCAGACUUAAUUUGCAGUGCAUCUCGUGGAUUGCUCUGCAGGUGUAACUGAACUUCACCGAGUCAGUCUUAACUAUUUGAGUUCUGCCAUCUCUGAAAUCUCCUGGCCUUUAUGGGGGAAGAGCAUCCCCCUGUUCAUGUUAAUUUCUGUGCCUUUUGUGAGAGCCCUGCCCUCCCCAUUAUCAAUUAGUGUUGUGAUGGAAACUGGAGAGGCAUCUCAAGGGUAUCGGAGCUCGCUCUCCCUUCGACAGAUCCACGCUCCCGAGAGCCUGCAACAUAGGUUUUUAAAGCUGAUAUGAUUUGUUCGAUCAGCUUGUUUUGAAGAGCUCUGUGCAGCAAAUAGUCAAAGGUGAGCAAAUCUAUUCUGGAAUUCAAAGUCCUACUCAGAAUGCUUACUUAGUGCAGAGCUGUCAGUCAUAACCAUGGAAACCGCUGUCACUGGGAAGGAUGUGGUUGGGCUGGGAAACUUGGAUGUUCCUCCAUCCUAGAUGAAACAGUCUUUCACAGAACCUAUUUUUAGGAAGCUGGGGGAAGCUUCAUCUCAACAUUUGAGGUCUGCCACCCCCUCAGCCUGUUGAUGGUUUCUGUGGAGACCGCACAGA